GGCUCCUCGUCUUCCUUUUCACAUCUCACACACAUACACACCUAACCCAAAUAUCCCCUUGUGACCAGACAACUGAACCAGACAAUCACUCACUGUUUGAUAAACCUUUUUCACAAGGGAUACUCCUCCUCGCACGGCCCCCUUGACAGAUUGAGACGGAAACUACAAAGGGUUCUCGACCAGUCCAUCAACUACGUCACCAUAUCUCUACAAUACCACCCCUAGUACAAACGAACCUCUUGUUGUAUUAACUCAUUUCGAUCUUUGAAGAACUACAUCAUUGUUCGAGAUCGAAUCAGUCCGAAAGCGCUUUGACUUUUUGUGUUUUCUCUGGUCACCAUUCAAAAGCUUGAACCGAUUUGACAAGUUCCACACGACAAAAGGGAGUUCACUGAUAUCAUCAUCAUCAUCGUCGUCGUCGUCACCCUCUUGUAUGCAAACUACCAUUUGGGGGUUAUUUGCAGAAUAUAUGUGACAGACAGCCUCACACCUUACCGUGUGCUUUCUGAACCAUCUAAUACUUGCCACUGCCUUGUCACUUCUCUCAGGAACUCAUAUCUUGAGAAAUUCAUCCUUUCGAACAAGUGGUUACAUACUUUCGAUCACACCAAACCACCCAUUUUUCUCGGCCUACGUUGGACGUCUCUGACACCUUCAAUAAUCGAUCACCAAACUACACAAAAGUAAACACUCUUGACACUUUUUGACUCUCGACUUCGAACCGUCGAAGUAUCCCAAAAAUGUUUUUCAAACAGUCGGGUUUCAAACCACGUACCUUGUCCGGCUCAUCGGGGACUUCAGGAAGUCAAUCGGCCACCAAAGGUGAAGCCAGCAACAACAACAACAACAACAACAGUGGUGGUAACGCCAACAAGGUGGCGGCAGAAACCACAGGGCCUGCAGCCAGUGCGGGAGCGGCUGGUAGAAGAAGGUCAAGUGCGAGUUCGGAAACCAAAUUCGCCGGUCUGCACGCCUACAAACGUAACAGCGUCGACGAACGAAAGUCGGCCUAUGCCGAACAAAAACCAGGGUCCCCCGGUAUGUUGCAGGGCAUGUGGGACAAUUUCACAAAGGGGACUUGAACAACACCCAUAAGAUCAACCAAAAAAAAAUAAAAUCGAACGGAAUCGACAGAAGAUUGUUUUGGGAUCGGUCGUCUAGUUCUGGUACUGUCCGCCUCGUCAAUUUUGUUGUCACUUUGAACUUUGGACUGUUUACUCUCUACUCUUUUCUCUCUUGUUUUUUUUGGGUUCAAGGCAAGUUGCAAUGGUCUUUCAAGUUUCCAAAAAAAAUGAAUGGGGAUGACCGAAGAGGUAAAAAGUUUGGCCACGAUCGACUGGGUGAUUGAUGUAUUGACGGGGGGAUAAGUGACAAAGGACACAAAUCGGGGUGACCUGGGAUCAUGUGGGCUCUCUUUUGUUUCUUCUUGUUUGAAAUUCAAUCAAGUCUGCCAAAGGGUUGUCGGUGUGAUUUCAACAUUGACCAUCAUAUGGCAAAGCAAAGGAUUGCCCAAUGAAGCAGAACAUGAAUAUGGGGAACGGUUGUCGAGUCUUUUAUGCUUCAAAGUAAUUACUUCCCUCUCCGUUGGUUCUAGAAGAUGGGAACAACACCGACAGUAGUACUUUGCUGCUCGUGUUUCUAGUCAUCAAGCUGUCGAUCCAUGGUGUGUUUUCGAUUGAGAAAUCAAUGGCAUGCGG